CACAGCGCUCGGGAGAUGUCAGAGAGGUCUCGCGAGAUGUGACGGAAGCCUGUGGGGGACCUGGGCUUUAAUGUGCGGUUCGGGCCGUGCUCCGAGGGAAACUGAGAAAAGCUGUUCCACCCUCAUCCAGUUAAAUGGCCCAGGAAGCUGCAUACCAUCUGAUAUCGAUACUUUUAUUGCCAUGAAAAGAAGGACGUGAUAAGGUGUUCGCCUUAUAAAAUUUGGCUUGCGUAUGAAAUCUGGCAGGUAAUACAGCGACCUGUGGAAUAUGAGUGAUGACAAACCCUUUUUAUGCACAGCCCCUGGAUGUGGCCAGCGUUUUACCAACGAAGAUCAUUUGGCUGUCCAUAAACAUAAACAUGAGAUGACACUGAAAUUUGGUCCAGCUCGUAAUGACAGUGUCAUUGUGGCUGAUCAGACACCGACACCAACUCGAUUCUUGAAGAACUGUGAAGAAGUGGGUUUAUUCAAUGAGCUAGCAAGUCCUUUUGAAAAUGAAUUCAAAAAGGCUUCAGAAGAUGACAUUAAAAAAAUGCCACUAGAUCUCUCCCCUCUUGCAACACCAAUCAUAAGAAAUAAAAUUGAAGAGCCUUCAGUUGUGGAGACAACUCAUCAGGACAGUCCUUUACCUCAUCCAGAAUCCACUACCAGUGAUGAAAAGGAAGUGCCACUGCAGCAGACAGCACAGCCUACUUCAACGAUAGUUCGUCCAGCCUCAUUACAGGUUCCUAAUGUACUGCUUGCAAGUUCUGACUCAAGUGUUAUUAUUCAGCAGGCAGUACCUUCGCCAACUUCUAGCACUGUCAUUACCCAGGCUCCAUCCUCUAACAGACCAAUAGUGCCAGUACCAGGGCCUUUUCCUCUGUUGUUACAUCUUCCUAAUGGACAAACCAUGCCUGUUGCUAUUCCUGCCUCAAUCACGAAUUCUAAUGUUCAUGUCCCUGCUGCAGUUCCACUUGUUAGACCCGUCACCAUGGUGCCUAGUAUCCCAGGAAUCCCAGGGCCUUCCUCCCCCCAGCCAGUGCAGUCAGAAGCUAAAUUGAGACUGAAAGCUGCUUUGACCCAGCAGCAUCCUCAGGUAACAAAUGGAGAUACUGCUAAGGGACAUGCUAGUGGAUUGAUUAGGACUCAGUCAGAGGAAGCCCGACCACAGUCAUUACAACAGCCUGCUACAUCAACCACUGAAACACCGGCAUCCCCAGUUCAGCCCACGCCACAAACCCAAAAUACGGGUGGCCGUCGAAGAAGAGCAGCAAAUGAAGAUCCUGAUGAGAAAAGAAGAAAGUUUUUAGAACGAAACCGUGCUGCUGCUUCAAGAUGUCGACAAAAAAGAAAAGUCUGGGUGCAGUCACUAGAGAAAAAAGCAGAAGACUUAAGCUCCCUGAAUGGCCAGUUACAGAAUGAAGUCACCCUGCUGAGAAAUGAAGUGGCACAGCUGAAACAGCUUCUUCUGGCUCAUAAAGAUUGCCCUGUAACUGCCAUGCAGAAGAAAUCUGGCUAUCAUACUGCAGAUAAGGAUGACAGUUCUGAAGACAUUUCAGUGCCAAGUAGUCCACAUACAGAAGCUAUUCAACAUAGUUCUGUCAGCACUUCUAAUGGAGUAAGUUCAACCUCCAAGGCAGAAGCAGUAGCCACAUCAGUUCUCACCCAGAUGGCGGACCAGAGUACAGAGCCAGUUCUUUCACAGAUUGUAAUGGCUCCUCCUUCCCAGUCACAGCCUUCAGGAAGUUGAUUAAAAACUUGCAUUACAGCAGUUUCUUAGAUACAUGUUUUUGACUUCAAAGGGAAAUCAAGAAAAGACCAGUCUUCACCUAGGAGAAAUCUGUAGCUUAAAAUUAUUCAUUUUUAAAAUUCAGAUUUAAAUUUGGCUUUAAAGAUUGGCAGAUGAAGAUGAGACUGAAAAGUAGUUUCCAGUCUCUUUGCAAAAGACUGAUUUUUUAAAAAUAUUAGAUUUACUAGUUAUUUUCUGUGCUCAAUGUGUAAAGUGUGUGUACAGUACAAUGUGGUUUAUUUCAUUUUUAAUUUGGUUUUAUUUCAACAAAUAUUGGGGUGAAUUACUAAAGCUCAUUCCCAAGACUGUGAUGAUGAUAUUGUUAUGUGACAUUUUAUACCAAAGUUCUGCAUAGUCCCUAUUGACUUUGUAAUGUUAACAAGGUCAUAAAGCACUAGGCAAGAGAAAAGACAGUAACAGUAAAUUUGCUUUUAGUCUUUUUGCCUUUUUAUUGUUUUGCACAUUAUGAGAGAGAACAUUGGGAGAAAAUGUUUGCUUAUAUUAUGUAUAGCUUUUUGUUUGGCUUUUUAACUGUUGAUUUUUUUUUUUAAUUCGUUCAACAGGGCCAGUACAGUAUAUGAGAUACAGUACUCUUAUGCACAUACCUAACCUAGAUGAGGGUCAUUACUUAUUAGAUUUUUUUAAAACUGAUAUCAAUUUUUUCAACACUUUUUCCUUUUUAAGGAGAGGAGCUUUACUUCUGCAAUCAGAACAAAGUUCUGCAGCUAGCCUUUGUUACUAGCUUAAUAGGAAACAGUAAGAAGAUGCUGUACAAUUACAGGGAUCUCAGAUAUGGAAGAGUUUCAAAACUAGUUUGAUAUUUUGUGUAUUUUUGAGUUGCAGACUAAGGAGUUCAUUCAUACAUGAAUAUGUUCUAGAUGCCAGAAAAAUCUAAAAAUCCCUCUUUAGACAAAGCAAGACUUUUUUUUUUGUCAUUGUCUUGUAUUUGCAAGCUAUCUUGUACUUAAUUCUUGUGUAAGCACUGUCAUCUUUUAGUAGCAACAUUUUGAUACCUUUCUUGUGGAAAAAAUCAGUAUCUACCGUAUCUUGGAAACAAUGUAAUUAUAAUGUGAUGUGUGUGGUGUGUGUGUGUGAGAAUGGUUCAGUAGUUUAUGCCAGCAAUCUUUGCUUGAAUGUUUAAAGAUGCCUUCAAUGUGAUGCUGGCUGAUAGAUGAUUGCAGUUUUAAAAUGUUAUUUACUGUGCGAACUUGGAUAAACUAACAUUCCAUGAUGUAGUUUGUUUCUGAUGAGAUGAUUGUAGGUACACUUUUUCUCAUUAUCCAAUCAUCUGUAGGAUAUUGAGUUUUUUAAAUGUGCCAUUAUCUAUUUUGAUUCUGUACUCAUGUUCAAACUACAGUACAAGAUUUUACAGUAGGUUAAGUUGUA